ACUAAUUGUAUGAGAAUUUAACUCGAAAUCAAAUACAACCAUUAUAGGUUUGUAUUUCCUUCUUGAAGGCUUAAAGCAUGGCAGCAAAUAUUGAUGGUAUCCAAGAAAAAGAAAUCUCCCAAAUGGAAGAAGGCAUCAAUAUUUGUAUGCCCCAAUCAAACACUAGUAGCAUAGGAUUUUGUUCAUCACCUUCCGUUGUUGUUGUUGCACAAAAGUUGAUUGCGGAGGCCAUUGGCAUGUACUUUAUUAUAUUUGCGGGAUGUGGUUCAGUUGCAGUGAAUAAGUUAUAUGAUGAAAAUAUAACGUUUCCAGGAAUAUGCAUUACGUGGGGUCUAAUUGUAAUGGUCAUGGUUUAUUCUGUGGGACACGUAUCAGGUGGUCAUUUUAAUCCUGCUAUCACCGUCACUUUCACUAUUUUUCGUCGAUUUUCAUGGAAACUAGCACCUUUGUACAUAAUAGCUCAAUUAACGGGGUCGAUCCUAGCAAGUGGCACAUUAACACUAUUGUUAGACGUGACUUCAAAAUCUUAUUUUGGUACAAUUCCAGCUGGAUCGAAUGCCCAAUCUUUGGCUAUUGAAAUCAUCAUUUCCUUCCUUCUGAUGUUUGUUGUUUCCGGAGUUUCUACAGAUGAUAGAGCGAUAGGACAACUUGGUGGAUUGGCAGUUGGAAUGACAAUAACCUUAAACGUCUUUGUUGCCGGGCCAAUUUCAGGAGCAUCAAUGAACCCAGCAAGGAGCAUUGGUCCAGCUAUAGUUAAGCAAGUCUAUAAAGGUCUUUGGGUGUAUAUUGUUGGGCCACUCAUAGGAACUGUGGCUGGAGCAUUUGUGUACAAUUUAAUUAGAUUUACGGACAAACCACUUCUUCAACUAGUUAAAACUGGACCCUUUCUUCGAAAUUAAGAUUAGUGUAAAAUAAUUCUAACAAAUAUUUAGGUUAUAGGGUGAAUAUAUUUCUUUCUUCUUUCUUUUGAAAUCUCAUCUGUGAUUCAAAACAAUAAUGUAAUGUGUAGUACAAACUUCAGAAUUGUACAUCUUUUAAUUAACAAAUUUGAU